AUGGGGGUUGGCCGAGCUCUAAUAAAGGGGAUGAUCCCUCUGAGGGAUUGUCUUGCCAUGAUGAAUAGCGACCCUUUCACUAUCCAGGAGCAGGGUAUGUCGGCAUUACGUUGGCUUGGGGAAUCGGGUCUACCUCCUCCUUGGUCACCUGAAUUGGGCUACGAAGAAGAACGAGUAGCUCACAAUGUGACUGCCUCAGCUGAGAGGUAUCUGGCUGAUCAUAUUGGCUCUGGUGCAAUAACAUCUGCUCAAGGAGAAGAAUUGAGGGAACAAAUUGGUGCAACAGCUUAUAUUGAAUGCAGCUCUAAAACCCAACAGAAUAUCAGAGCUGUUUUUGAUACUGCAAUCAAGGUUGUCCUUCAACCUCCAAGGAGGAAAGAUAUGGACAGGAAGAAAAGUCAUAUAAGAUAUUUGGGUGGGGUUGAUUGA